GGCGGAGCCCUGCGCUCCACGCUCUCCUGAUCCAGGGGGGACUUGGCUACGCAAUCGCUCGGCCUGCCGCGUCGCGGUCCCUCCGCCAGUCUUCGGUCCCUGGUGGCUCUCGGGCCAUCCGAGUUUGUGGGAAGAUCCCCUGGGCCCCAGGAGGUUUCACAGCGACAUUCUUCCUGUUCCCUGUCACCUGGCUUGAGUUUAGGGGCAGCGCAAGGACAGCACCCAGGGCAUGAGCGCAGUGCUUAGGAGCCUGGCCUGAGCCGCGGUGCGACGGCCACAGGGCCUCAGCUAGCCCGAGAAACUGCCAGGAGGAGGUGGCUCCAGCUGGUCACGGCGCAAGGGCCGAGUGGGAAGCCAAGAAACUGAUGCUGCCCGUUUGGGAAGGGAAGGGCGCAGGCAAAUGCCUGGAGGCCGGACCUGGGUCGAGUCUUUGGGAGAGGAAGGGAAACUGGGACAUAUGUAUGACUGGAGAGAGGGUGGGGACGUCUAGGACAAGAAGCUUACCCUGUUUUCCCGAAAAUAAGACAGUGUCUUAUUUUAAGGUGUGCUCCCAAAGAUGCGCUAGAUCUUAUUUUCAGGGGACGCCUUAUCUUUCCUGUAAGUAGGUCUUAUUUUCAGAGGAUGUCUUAUUUUCGGGGAAACAGGGUAGAUUCAUGGAGGAGCAGAGGAAGGGUGCUGGGAAGAGGAGGAGCCUGAGGGACAGGUGUGACAGGUCAGCCCCCCUCCUUUAGGCAGUCCCCCUCUCCACUGUCCACCACCAGACAUGUUCAGUUGAUUACAGAGGUCUCCAGGGAAGCCCAGGAAAAAUCCUUCACAGCAAGCAGAACUUCCUUGUUUACCUGUCCAGACCAGGAAAUACCAAAGAAGCCCUCAGGAGGGCACCCUGGCAAUGUGCAGCCCUGAGGAGGCAGCCCUGCUGCGGCUAGAGGAGGUCUUCUCAGCCACCCUUGCCCGUGUCAACAGCCUUGUUCUCCAGCCCCUGCUCUCUGCCGCCCCAGAGCCUUCGGAACCGCAGAGUAGAGAGUGCCUGCGGCUCUUACAGCAGCUGCACCGGAGCUCCCAGCAACUGUGGGAGGUGACAGAGGAAAGCCUGCACUCACUGAGGGAGAGGCUGCGUCACCCCGAUUCUACUGGUCUGGAAUCCCUGCUGCUGCUGCAAGCUACUGACCACGUCCUGCAGCCCCACAUAGAGUACAUUGAAUCCUACACAAGCUGCAUAGUGGUACAGGCCUUUCAGAAGGUGGCAAAGAGGAGGAGUGAGCACUGGCGGGGCCAACGGAAGGUGCUGCGGCAGCUCCUGGGUGGCGUGGGCUUGGAGGGUUCGGUGGGCACAGCACUGCUCCAGGCUUUCCGCCAGCCGCUCACCCAUCAUGUGCAACAGUAUGUGCUCCUCCUGCUCAGGCUUGGGGACACCGUCCCAGAGUGCCACCCUGCCCGGGAGCUGGUGGUGAACGCAGCCACUCUCUUUGGGAACCUGCAGUCCUUCAUGAGUCAGGCAUUGGACCAGGCCAUGGCCACACAGGCCCUCUGGCACACGCUGAGCAGCCGGCAAAGACACAUGCUCUGCACCCCUGCUCACCGACUCUUGCAAGACAGCCAAGAUGUACCUGUGACCGUCACCCCGCUGCGGGCUGAACGUGUUAUGCUCUUUGAUGAUGCCCUCAUCUUGCUGCAGGGCCACAACGUCCACACCUUUGAUUUGAAGCUAGUGUGGGUGAAUCCUGGGCAGGACGGGUGCACGUUUCACCUCCUUACACCUGAAGAAGAGUUCUCCUUUCAUGCCAAGGAUCCCCAGGGCCAGGCAGUCUGGCAGUGGAAGGUGACCCAGGCUGUAUGCCAGGCGCUGCGUGGGAAGAAGGACUUCCCCGUGCUUGGGGCGGGCCUGGAGCCUUCGGAGCCCCCUGCCUGCCGCUGCGGGGCAUACACUUUCCAUGCGGAAGGCCGCUUCUGCCAGGCUACCUAUGAGGGCGAGUGGUGCCAGGGCAGGCCCCAUGGCAAGGGAACCCUGAAGUGGCCAGAUGGGCAGAAUCACGUGGGAGAUUUCCGCCAGGGCCUGGAGCAUGGGUUCGGCAUCCGCCUGCUGCCCCAGGCCUCUGAGGACAGGUUUGACUGUUACAAGUGCCACUGGCGGGAAGGCAUCAUGAGUGGCUAUGGCAUCUGUGAGUACGGCACUGACGAGGUGUAUAAGGGCUACUUCCGGGCGGGCCUGCGGCAUGGGUUCGGGGUCUUUGAGAGUGCCCUGCAGGCUGCCCGGCCCUUCAGAUAUACAGGCCACUGGGAGAAGGGCCAGAGGAGCGGCUAUGGCAUUGAAGAAGACAGUGACAGGGGUGAACGCUAUAUUGGCAUGUGGCAGGCUGACCAGCGCCACGGCCCAGGGGUCGUGGUCACUCAGGCGGGCGUCUGCUACCAGGGCAUCUUCCAUGCGGACAAGAUGGUGGGACCAGGCAUCCUUCUCUCUGAGGACGACUCCCUGUAUGAGGGCACCUUCACCAAGGACCUGACCCUCACAGGGAAGGGCAAGGUCACUUUCCCCAAUGGCUUCACCCUGGAGGGCUCAUUUGGCAGUGGGGCAGGGCGAGGACUGCACACACAGGGUGUACUGGACACGGCUGCCCUCCCGCUGGACCCAAGCAGUACCUGCAAGAGGCAGCUGGGCCUGGGUGCCUUCCCUGUGGAGAGCCGCUGGCAAGGAGUGUAUGGCCCCUUCCGGGACUUUGUGGGUGCUGGCUGCCCGGGGGACCUGCAGGAGGCUCUGCUGGGCUUCCAGGUGCAGAGCUCAAGGGAGCUGCGCAAGUCCCAGGAUUACCUGUGCUGUGAGAGAACCCGCCCUGAGGACAGCGUGGGCACAAUUGAAGACAUCCUGGAGGAGUUGUUGCAGCACCGGGAGCCCAAGGCCCUGCAGGGGCACCUCAGGAAGGCUCUGAGCAACACAUUGCACCCCCUGGGGAAGCUGCUUCAGACACUGAUGUGGACCUUCCAAGCUACAUAUGCAGGCGUUGGGGCCAACAAGCACCUUCAGGGGCUGGCCCAGGAGGAGGUGAAGCAGCAUGCCCAGGAAAUCUGGGCCACCUACAGGGGUCUGCUACACGUUGCCUUACAGCAUAAGGGCCUGGCCCCAGAGGAGGAUGAAGAUGCAGAGACAAGAGACCUCCAGGUGCAUGGAUUGGUGCUGCCCCUUGUACUGCCCAACUUCUACUCAGAGCUCUUCACACUCUACCUGCUUCUUCACGAGCGGGAGGACAGCCUCUACAGCCAGGGCCUCACCAACCUGAGCCUCUUCCCUGACACCAAGCUGCUGGAGUUCCUCGAGGUGCAGAAACACUUGUGGCCCCUCAAGGACCUUACGCUAACGACCAAUCAGAGGUACUCCUUGGUCAGGGACAAGUGCUUCCUGUCAGCCACUGAGUGCCUGCAGAAGAUCAUGACCACGGUGGACCCACGGGAGAAGUUGGAGGUGCUGGAGAGGACAUAUGGGGAAAUUGAGGCCACUGUGUCACGGGUGCUGGACCAGGAGCACAAACUGCCCAUGGAUGACCUGCUGCCUCUGCUUAUCUAUGUGGUGUCACGUGCCCGAAUCCAGCACCUGGGAGCUGAGAUCCACCUGAUCCGUGAUAUGAUGAACCCUAUCCACAUAGGAGGCCUAUAUGACUUUCUGCUUACAGCCCUGGAGUCCUGCUACGAGCACCUCCAGAAGGAAGACAUGAGGCUGCACCACUUUCCUGGCCACUGGGGCAACCGGGAGCUCUGGUAGCUUGGCCUCUCCUGGACUAAGUGCUGGUCUGCCAAGAGGGGUCACUGUGCACUUCCCCUGGGACCAGGCGCCACCUGUCUCUCAUUGCCCAAGGCAAAGGGCAGGCCCUUGGAGGUGGCUAUUGGAGGAGAUGGGUGUUUUGUUUCACCCUGGGAGGUGCUGCUGCUGCCCUGACUGGGUUGAGAGUGAGGGGUGAUGGGGUGUGGCCCUGUAGCUGGUGGCUUUCCCUUGGCUACUAGGCCAGUCUCCAAUGACCCCCUUAACCUACAGCAGCUAACAGUGUGGGGUGAGGAGCCCCCAGCUUCUCUUAGCCUGAGCCUUGCUCCCAAGUUACUGAGCCUCUCUGGGCCUCAGUGUUGCCGUCUGUAAAAUGGUGGAGUGGGUGGUCUGUAAAGGACCUUCCACGCAUCAUGCUGAAUUCCAGAGUCCUUUGGAAGUCUCACUUUACUCUGUUGGGCUAUAACUGAAAUUCUCAUGGCACUGUUGUUCUCUUACCUGUUUCUGCACUCCUGGUCAGGAGGCUCUGUGCUGCUAGUGACCACUCUGUUUAAUAGGCCCUUUUUCCGUGCGUGGUCUCCUGAGGACCUGUCUCCUUCCCUGCUCUGCCCCAGCCUGGGCUGGCCUCUCAGGGAGAGCUCCUGUUUCACCCCAAACUGCAGGGUGACCUCUGGCAGGCCUAACCCUUGCUGGGUAUGCAGUCAAUGGGGUGGGCUUGGGGGUCGGUGAACUGUAGUCCACUUAUCCAUGAUGUAAGUGCAGGGCUUAGCCAGCAGCAGGGGAAUAAAUACAGCCAGUAGGACAUGCCUGUGACUUCUACGGGCCUGCGUGUGGGAGGACAGCAGAGGCAUCUGAGGCCUCCCUGAGCCCUGACCAGUGAGUGCUUCCAGCUUAGGACCCCGUAGGACAUAUUUGGGAGGGGAGGACUUUAUUUAAAUAGUGGUUCUUGCAUGGGACCAAGAGCUGCAGGGCCUGGGUCUUACGGCAGCUUCAUCUCUGCUGGGCCACAAUUCUCUUCCCCACAUCAAGGGAAGCCAGGACUGUAUCAGACCCUUUCAACAAAUCUCACAUGGCAGGCAGGGUCCUUGGCCUUAGAGCAUGAGGAGAUUGGCAGCUGCCGUGAGGGCUUCACUGACAGAAAAGACAGCUAUAGUCAGAUGGGGCCUCAGGGCAGCUGAUGGUCACCUGCAGGUGGGCCUGUCCACACCCACCAAAGUCCUCUACCAGCUGCUGCAGGAACCCCUUGGGUGCCCUGAAAGCACACCAGAGUCUUUAUGGACAUCAGGGUUGGCAGGCAGGGACCCCAUCGGCUUUGGUGACCCUGCCAACAUUAAGAGCAGCCCAGCAGGUCCCAGCCCAGGCCCUCGCUGCCCUCCACCUUGCCAGUUCCCGUCUCCUCCAGGCUGGGGAUUCUGCUCUCAGUGAUGAUUUUGAACAAGUGGUAAAAUCCUUCAUAUCCAAUCCCAGAUAGGGAGGGCUUCACGGUCACCACUGCUUAUUUAUAGCCUCUGGGAGAUUUUGUGACAGCUAAGGAUUGAGUCCCUACUAAGUGACCCAAAACACGCUGGCUGUGCCCUCAGAUUUGGGGCUGAGAAAGACAGAUGCCUGGGGGUAAAUGGCCUCUCAGUGAGCAGAAGUGUCCAAGUCUCACAGCCUGACCACCCACUCACUGGGGUGCAGCCCUGGCACUAGAGACCUGCUCACAUCUUGUUGACCCUGUGUGUAGUCUGUUAUACCACCGCCCCACUUCACCUCCCCUGCACCUACUAUGGCCUCCCACCAGCCAAACCCACAUGCUUCCUUGUUCCCCCUCCACCUCCUGUCCUGUGGCUUGUUACUUUGCCCUGCAGCCUCCAGUCCCACUAGGUCUCAGGCUAGUUCUCGAAGGCCUCGUUCAUAUGAAACCUCAUAUGCCCCCAGGAAGGAGACAGCUCUCCCCACAGGACCUUCCCAGGUCUUACCCCAUUCAUGGUGAACGGCCUAUGGGUGCCUGGCUCCCCUCUGUCCCCUGGGCAUAUGCCUUUCCCUUGUCUGAGCUGGUGCGCCCCGGCGGAAGCAUGGGUUAUGCAGACAAGUGAUUGUGAAGGGCCUGAACCCUGGGGGAGGUCUGCAUCUGAGACCAGGGGCCUCUGGGCAAAAAGAGCAUCGGGGUGGCCAAGAGAGAUGGGCCACAGGGAAAUAAAUGGAUGUCUGGCCGAAUGGGCCAGGAGCAGACAGGAAGUGGACAUUGAAGUCUUAGGAGAAGGGAAGAAAAGACCUACACCCUCUCUGCCUGUCUCCAGGAUGCCCAACUUGCCCAGGCACCAGGACCUCAGGCCUGGCCUCUCGGAUGAUGCCAGUCUGAUAGGACACCUCCAUGCACUGGCCUGCUGCUUGGCAUUGAACUCCAGCUGCACGUGUGCCAUGCAGCGGCCAGGUCACAGCCAUUGUCCCACUUGUGGUUGAUAGAGGUGGUGUCCUAAAAGGGAACUGGGCACAGGGUAGCCCCAUGAAGUCCCCUGGAGGCAGUGCCACCCUCCCUGUCAACCUCACUGGGGGUCCCCGGGUGCCAGCCCUGUUUCCUGUCUGGGGUACCAUCUGGAACAUGGUAGAUGAGGCCCUGGCCCUCUUUGGAUGAAAAGGGCUGGCUCUCCUUUCCCAGAUAAGGGGCCAGAUGACCUGUGCUUGCUAGGCAGGGAGAAGAGAAUCUGGGAGAAGCUGAGUCCACAGCUAAUCCACAAUGGGGGCUGGCAGAUGUCAGAGGGAGCUGAGUGCUGAUCAAGCCUCUCUUUAUUCAGAUCACCCAAGAGGGCUGGAGCCAGUGCACUGCAAGGGCACCACUGUAGGGUCAGAGAGGGAUGGAGGGAGUGGAGUGCUGGGGCCAGAGGCUAUCCAGAGGCUGCCGGAGAGGCCCUUCACACCACUGCAUGAAUGCAGGACACACUCAUUAAGCAGGCCCUACAAGGGGUUCUGUGGUCUCGGUUGUCCCCAGAGGGACAGCUGACCAUUGUGGGGUUAGCAGGGGAAGGGGUUGCCCUUCUGCGGGCACUGGGGAAGGAAAGGUAAGUUUGGGUCAAAGUCAGUGUGAGGGAUAGAGUUAGGGUUUAGGGUUAAGGUCAGAGUCAGGGUCAGGUUAGAUUUAGGGGUUAGGAGUAGAGUUAGAGUGAGGGUGAGAGUGAGGUCAGGUUGACAUCGGGUCGGGGCUCUCCUGGUUGGCUUUGUGAAGGGUUGUGCAGACACACGCUCUGGCAUUUCCUCUUGUUGUGGGCAAGAACCCAGGAUGAGGUCCAGGCUGUCAGGGUCUUGGCCUCUCCUUGACCUUGGCCAAGUUCUUCCUCUAACUAGGUCCUGUAGAAAAGGAGAUGCACGAGCACUCCUGUUCUUCCGUCAACAGCAUCCUCUGCUGGGAGAGGCAGCCCGGACUCUGGGUGCUUUGAAGAGGGUGCCAGGCUCAGGCUAAGCACUAUAAACCCUUUAUCUCCAUUUCCUCCUGACCAAAGCACCAGGAAUCACAACCCAGGGAACUGAGGUCUUGGGAGUAGGAGGAAUAUGUGUUUUUUCCCUUGAUAAGCAGUGGGCUGAGUAGCUAGGUGGAAAUUGGACCCAUGCAGUCUCACUCCAGAGCCCAGGUGCCACCUGGCUGGGGAGCCUAGAGCCCAGGUGUCUAGUCCCCUGUCCUUGCCCCCCACCCUUACACAGAAGUUGCCUCUAGAUAGGUAAGUCUCUCCCAAAGCAAUCUUCAUGUGUGCCCCUUGACUGAGGCCUGGCCCUCAGGUCCCGGUGUCUGGGAAGAGUUGGGGUGAGGGAAGUGUGGUUUGUUCCUUGGGGUUGGGUGGAGAUUGGCAGGCCAGUGACCAGUUUAGCAGUAGCUGUGGUCUGGGAAAAUCACACAAGAGCAUGUUUGUUUUGUUUGGAGGUAGUUUUUUUGGCAGUAGAGGAAGAUUACAGGGUGCCAGCAAUAAUACCAUGAGGCUGAAGGCGACCUCAUCAGUGUCUAGAAAAUUAGCCUUGUUUCUUUGCUUUGGUAGGGGCAGUUCUCCCUCCAAAGUCAACAACAGUCCUCGGUCAAAGGUCUUCUGUGAGGGGAGCAGUGAUUAUCUGGGACAAGGUGAUCAUAACAUUCUGAGAAACAGGUGGGGACAGAUGUCCUAAAGGCGACAGGCAAAAAGUGCUAAUGAUCCAGGCUUGAAUCUGACCUCCUGGUGUCUAAAAUGUUCUUUCCCCACCAGUGGAGUUGUUCUCUUAAAAGUCCUCACCACUGCCUGGGCCUAAAGGCUUUUCCCUCUAGUCCCAGUUACUGGGGAGGCUGAGGUGGGAGGAUCCCUGAGCUUAGGAGUUUGAGAACAGCUUAGGCAGAGACCCAGGAACCUCAUCUCAAAAAAAGAAAAAAAAACCCAGAAGGCUGGCAUGGUGGCUUAAACCUGUAAUCCUAGGACUCUGGGAGGCUGAUGAGGGCAGAUUGCUUGAGCUCAGGAGUUCAAGACCAGCCUGAGCAAGAGUGAGAUCCCCUAGGAAAAAUAGAAAAACUAGCCAGGCAUUGUGGCGGGCACCAGCAGUCCCAGCUACUUGGGAGGCUGAGGGAAGAGGAUCACUUGAGCCCAAGAGUUUGAAGUUGCUGUGAGCUAUGAGAUCACAGCACUCUACCCAGGGCAACAGAGUGAGACUCUGUCUAAAGAACCCCCCUGCCAAACAAAAACAAAAACAAAACAACAUUACCAUUUCUAAUCCACCCCAGCUGGACUUACCUGUGGGUGAUUACUAACCUGUUUCCCCGAAAAUAAGACAGUGUCUUAUUUUAAGGUGUGCUCCCAAAGAUGUGCUAGGUCUUAUUUUCAGAGGAUGUCUUAUUUUUGGGGAAACAGGGUAUGUAGCAUCCUAGGUGUGUGCGCCACACCAGCAGGACUAUCGUAGGAGCUGUCAUAGUUGUGAUCGUUAUCAUCUACAUCCAUAACUGCCCAGAUCCAGCAAGUGUAACCAGUAGGUAGGAGAAGCACCAGAUUACCAUCUGCCACU